AUGAUGCACGGCCCCGCGGGAGGGAGCGGCGGCGGCGGCGGGCACGGGCUGGGCGGCACGAGGGUGCCCACGUGGAGGGAGCGGGAGAACAACCGGCGGAGGGAGCGGCGGCGCCGGGCGAUCGCCGCCAAGAUCUACACCGGCCUCAGGGCCUACGGCAACUACAACCUCCCCAAGCACUGCGACAACAAUGAGGUCCUCAAGGCGCUCUGCAACGAGGCCGGCUGGGUCGUCGAGCCCGACGGCACCACCUACCGCAGGGGAUGCAAACCUCCUCCACAGGCGCGUCCUGAUCCAAUGAGGUCUGCUUCGGCAAGCCCCUGCUCUUCAUACCAGCCGAGUCCACGGGCCUCGUACAACCCGAGCCCUGCGUCCUCCUCCUUCCCGAGCUCCGGAUCCUCUUCCCACAUCACUCUCGGUGGCGGGAACAACUUCAUUGGUGGCGUCGAGGGAAGCUCCCUCAUCCCGUGGCUGAAGAACCUCUCGUCGAACCCGUCAUUCGCCUCCUCCUCCAAGCUCCCACAGCUCCACCACCUCUACUUCAACGGAGGCUCCAUCAGCGCCCCGGUGACGCCCCCGUCCAGCUCCCCGACGCACACGCCUCGCAUGAAGACCGACUGGGAGAGCCAGUGCGUUCUGCCGCCAUGGGCCGGGGCGAACUACACCUCCCUGCCCAACUCCACGCCGCCGAGCCCCGGCCACCACGUCGCGCCAGACCCGGCGUGGCUGGCCGGGUUCCAGAUAUCGUCCGCCGGGCCCUCGUCGCCGACGUACAACCUUGUCUCGCACAACCCCUUUGGGAUCGCGCUUGCGAGCUCGUCGAGGGCGUGCACCCCUGGGCAGAGCGGGACCUGCUCCCCGGUGAUGGGCGACCACGCGCCGGCUCACCACGACGUCCAGAUGGAGAUGGCCGACGGGGCGCCGGAUGACUUCGCGUUCGGCAGCAACAGCAACGGCAACAAUGGGUCGCCUGGGCUGGUGAAGGCGUGGGAAGGGGAGCGGAUACACGAGGAAUGCGCGUCGGACGAGCUGGAGCUCACCCUCGGGAGCUCGAGGACCCGUGGAGAGCAGCCCUUCUGA